CGAAGAUCAAAGUGGUAGUCUCUCUCUUUCCUGCUUGAACCACGCGAUUUAAAAACAAAAAGCGGGGGAACGCGUCCUCUCUCCCAGGGUACACACGCUUUAUAUUCACUUCUCUUUUUCGUGCGCUGCGAACCAGUCGCGCUUGUUUUGUGUGCAAUAUGGGAAAACAUAAAAGAAAAAACGAGGAAGACUUCAAACAACUUAAGAAGCGUCUCAAGAUUUUAGAAGGUCAGGUGAAAAAGAGGAAACGAGUUCUAGUUAUGGCCUCCGAUUCAUCAGAUCAAGAGGAUUCUGUUCAUGAUCAUGGGGAAAAUUUCCAUACGGAAUUAAUUUCGAAUGAUCAAGAAAACGUUGAUCCUCAAUUAUUAUCUCUACUGGGAGAAAAAUCUUGCACAAUUUCGGAUGUCGGUGAGGCGAUUCACCCCGAAUUGGUUCAAAGAUGGGAAGACCUUAUAAAAUCUGGAUUAAACGAAGAGAUAAUUAACGACCUGGUUACUAAAUAUCCUUUUCCGGAAAAUUGUGUAUUUAUUAAACCGCCAGUACUUAACCCCGAAAUAAAAGCCACAAUUUCUGAGGCAGCUGUGGCUAGGGACUCUCGCUUGCUUAAUAACCAGAAACAACUAUGCGCUGCAUGGAUUGCUAACGCGAAGGUUCUUAACAAGAUUUUAACCUCCGACAACAUUCCAGUAGAAUCAAGAAUGUUUAUGGCGGAGAAUAUUAGCAAUUCAUCACGGCUGUUAUCGAACCAAAUUUUUGUACAAACAAAUAUUCGACGAUCUUUAGUUUCAAACCUACUGAACGAGAAACUUAAAGACACUCUUCAAAAUUCAGUGUCCGACAACCUCUUAUUUGGCAGUACUCUGAUAGAGGAUAUAAAAUGUGCCAAAGAAGUUCAGAAAUCGAAAUCUGACCUUCAAAAACCCCCCAAGGUGAGAGAUAAAACAAAACAUUUAAACUGGAAGGGUCCAGCUGCGAAUUCUCAGAGAAGCUUUCCCCAGGCUGGACCAAUGAGAACCAGGGUUGCUUCUCAAACCGAGAGAUAUCGGGAUCUCCGAAAAAUGGCCUUUCCUCAAAAGAAAAUGGGCAGCAGACAUCCAUUUGUACGAGAGAAAAACCAAGACAAGACAAGACAGACUUAUCAACGCAGGAGCAGAUUUUAUUAGAAAAUGAGGACGAUUCACCCAUUGGCAAAAUCAACUACACUACUGGCCGCAACUUUGUCAGCAAGAUUUUCGAAAACAGGAAAAUACCAAAACCUUCAAUUAACAUUAUGAUUUCAUCACUAAGUACAGCUACCAUA